GCUCUACGAGCUACGCGACGGACGUCGAGCAGAUCGAGGCCGAGACACCCAAGGCAGGCAGUGCACCGAAGGAGUACUCGAGUAUGAAGACGCCACCCCCGAACGCCCCGGCAUGGAUGAGAGCCGACCGUGCUACCGAGAUCACCCCGCCGCCUGUGCCGCAUGUGGACAACAAGGGUACGAAGAACAAGACCGAUCGCAAGAAAAGCGGGAAGGCAAGUUUUUCCAGGAAGAACAAACGUCCUGCUUCGAUUGCGGAGUUCAACAAGGCCUACAAGAAGGCGAAGGCGGCGCAAGCAAACGAGGCCUCCGCUGGCUCCGAUUCCGAGCCGGAGAGUACCGAGCCUUCGGGAGAAGGGGCACUGGUGCCCCGUGAAGCUGCAGAGGGCGAUGCGCCCGCACCGGCAGCCUCCUUCAAGGGUUACUCCCUGGAUUGGGUGCCAAUCGAGGCACGACCGCAAGGAGACAUCAGCAAACACAGAGGACAGCAUUCCUACACCGUCGUGGACGCAGAUUGCAAAGUCGAAGUGUUGCUUAGACUUCGAGCCUUCUAUGUCAAGAAGUGCAAAGCAGGAUUUCCAGGACCAAUCGGUCAAGUGAACACCAAGAAGUUUUCAUCGGUGGAAGAGACGUGGAAUGCUGUGAAGACUCGCAGCGGUUUCCUUUCCUGA